AUGAGAAUAAUUCUUGGCAUUUCAUUCCUCUUCCUCACAACCUCGUCUUCAUCAAUCAUCCACGCCUGUCCGAAUUCAAACUGCGGCGACUUGUUCAUCACUUAUCCUUUCAAACUGCAGAGCUCGCAAACUGCAGAAGACGGCUGCAGCUACGUCGAUCUGCGAUGCAACGGCGCCCCCGAUUUUGCAACCGCGAUGAAUCUCCCCAACGGCGGCGGAGAUCUCUACGUGCGUAACAUCUCCUACGAGUAUCCAUACAUACAGCUCUACGAUCCCGGAAACUGCCUCAUCGGACGACUCAUCGGCCUCAACAUCAGCCUCAGCCUCGCCUCGUCUCCUUUGGAGGCGUUCGCGGGCGCAAAAUACGCCCUCUACACGUGCCCGGCAGCCGCCGUGGACGUAGCAAGAGAUGGUUUAUAUCGAAUCGAUUGCCUCAGCAACACGACGAAUGUCACAGUUGCUGUGGAUUUUCCGCCAUUACUGGGCUUGGAAGGUGUUGGCUGUCAAGAAAUUGGGAACUAUGUGCUCCCAUUUACAUCUGAUGGAUUCUACGACGAUCUCUACUUGACAUGGGAUUCAACAAGCUGCCCAGCCUGCGCAAACACAGGUACAGAUGUGAACGUUGCAUGUUCGAUUUAG